UGUAUUAUACCCCUUUUCCACGAAUUAACUGAUUCCAGGGUAGUACAUACCCCCCUGAUGCAGAUGUGUCAGUCAUAGAGCAGUGUGAUACAUUAAUCACUGACAGACAGGGAAGCAUGCCACACAACAAACUGAAAAUGCAGUUCUGAAAAGAUAAAACAGAAAUGCACAGUGUAUAUGUCAGAAAGACUAUAUAUAGAGUGAAGAAAAAUGAGAACAGGGAAUGAGCCAAAAAAGUAAGGAAAACAUCAGUAAAUAAUGAAGGCAGAGAGAGAAAAGAAAAAGAAAGAUUAAGACGAAGAGUGUAGAUAACAAAGCCAAAGAAGGAGUGAGAGAAAGAAGAGCAAGAAAUCCAGCAGCACCUGGUUUUAUUUGCUGCUUUGCUUCUGAGAAAUUCAGCCAACUGGAUCUUCAGAAUAGCCAAUGAAGAAACGAAGAUGGAUUCAUCUGAUCUUGAUAAGGGUCUUACCAUUGAUGAAAUAAUAGCAAAAUGCAUCCAGAGCUUCGAUAAAGAUGGAAAGCUAUCAGAUCCCAAACUUGUCCAGAUGUUUUUGAUGAUGCAUCCUUGGUAUAUACCAUCUGGUGAUCUUGCCAAGAAACUCUUUGCUCUAUCUGAAUCUGGUGAUAAUGUGGAACGUGAGAGGAUUUGUCAAUUUGUGAGAUUCUGGAUAUCCGAGUUUCCUGCAGAGUUUGAUCUUAACCCAGAACUUGGGGAGCAAAUCCGAGACCUGAAGAGAGCUCUGGAGAACAAAGGAAACAGAAGAGAAAGUAGCCUAAUAGACAUCGAGAGUGUCCCGUCCUAUGGAUGGAAGCGGCAGGUGACACAACGUGGCCCCGGUGGCGGCAGAGUUCGGAAGACAUCCUUGUUGUUUGACCACUUAGAUCCAGCUGAACUAGCAGAACAUUUAACACACUUGGAAUUUCACUCAUUCUCAAAGAUCCUGUUUCAAGACUACCACAGCUUUGUUCUUCAUGGUUGUACAGUUGGAAACCCUGUUUUGGAAAGGUUCAUAGCCCUUUUCAAUGGGGUGUCUCAGUGGAUCCAGCUGAUGGUGCUUAGUAAACAUACCCCUCAACAAAGAGCAGCUGUGAUUAAACAGUUUGUACAGGUGGCAGAGAGGCUGCUACAGCUGCAGAAUUUUAACACUCUAAUGUCUGUGGUGGGGGGUCUAAGCCACAGUUCCAUUUCCCGGCUUAAGGACACUCAAUCUCACAUCAGUCCAGAAACUACCAAGGUGUAUGAUUCCCUCUUGGAGCUCCUGACCUCUUCAGAUAACUAUGCAAGAUACAGGCGCAGAUUUGCAACAUGUGAAGGUUUCCGUUUCCCUGCAUUGGGAGUACACCUGAAAGACCUCAUGGCACUCCAUGUGGCUUUGCCUGAUUGGGCAGACAAAGCAAAAACCAUCAUUAACAUCUCCAAGAUGCGUCAAGUCUACAAAGUUGUUCAUGAGCUCACUGAAGCACAGAGAUUGGAGCCUCCAGUUAAAGCCAACCCUGAUUUGCUAAACUUGUUGACGGUUUCUCUUGACCAGUAUCGCUCAGAGGAAGAAAUCUAUCAGCUGUCUCUUCAAAGAGAACCUCGGGCCCGAUCUACACAAACACAUGCCAAGUCUCCACCAUCUCCUUCACCUCCUUUAGAAGAAUGGGCAUCCCUCAAAGCCAAACCAGAUCAAGCUCUGCUGUGCCAACACAUCGAGAAAAUGGUGGAGUCCGUUUUCAGAUUGUUUGAUGAAGAUGGUGAUGGUCACAUUUCUCAGGAAGAGUUCCAAAGUGUCCGUAGCAAUUUUCCUUAUCUGUGUGCCUUUAACGAAAUAGACCAGAAUCAGGAUGGGAAGAUCAGUAAACAGGAGAUGACUUCAUAUUUUCUGCGAGCUAGCUCAGUGCUGGAUUGCAAAAUGGGAUUUAUCCACAAUUUUGCAGAGAGGACAUUCCUGCGACCUGUGUCAUGUCAGCAUUGCAGAAAUCUGAUACUUGGAAUCUAUAAGAAAGGACUUAAAUGCAAAGCCUGUGGAAUCACUUGCCACAAGCAUUGCAGAGACCAUCUUUCUAUAGAGUGCAAGAAGAGAUCCAAAAGUGUUAGUGAGAGGGGUGAGUCAAUGGAGAAGGGCCGCCACUUCUCUUUCACUCUUCCAAGGUCCUUUAGAAGAUCAACAUUGUAUCCAGACUUGAGAGAGGAAGAACCACAUAUGGAGGACAAUGGUGUUUUUGAUGACCAUUUGUAGUAACUUGAGACCAAAGAAACCUAAGGAAUGGGGAAGACAGUGACAAACCAGACAUUGAAUUACUGUAUCUAAGUACCAAAAAACAAAUAACAGACAUACGGAUGAAUAAUACGGAUGCGGACUUUGAGAGAACCUAGGGCACGGAUAGAAAGCAAUAAUUUUAUUUUAUACACCUGUUUUGUUAUUAUUUACAACAGCCAAAAAUGUAAAGGAAGCAGGAUAAUCAAUGAUGCUUUAUGCUAGUGCUCCUUCAUGACACAGACAUAUGCUACAACUCGUGGGCCACAUUGAAAACUUCAAGUUGAUUUACCUCUUAUAUUAGACUAGCAGUUAGGCAGGUUAAAAUAGAGUUCAAAGGUUAAACUUGAUGGAUGUCAGGGGCGGAACUACCGGGGGAGCAGGGCCCGCACCCCUCAGGGCCCCCCUGCAGUCUGCGCGGGCCAGUUCCGGGUGUACGGAGUCGGGCGGGGGCCCGGCUGUGCGUCCUGCGCCAGGGCCCGCCCCCCUCUAGUUCCGUUUCUGAUGGAUGUGGGUCUUUUUUCAAUCUAACUUACUACGUUACUAUGUAUUAGUUGAAGACUUGUAUACAUGUUUCAGGAGAAAGCAAUCUGUGCCUGCCUACAUGUUGAUGUCCUGAUUCAUGGAGAGAUUGCCAUCCAUUGUAAAAGACUUGCCUUGACUAGCACUGAGCCGGAAUGACUGGCAUUAUGGAACAUAUCUAUAGUGUCUGACCUACCUGGACUUCUGGACAUAUUUUAUGUAUCCCAUAAAAGUUAUUCUCACAAGCUUUUCAAUGCAGCACAUUUUUAUACAAUUGCUAGAUCUUCGUAAAGGUUAAAAAUGGGUUUAGAGAUUUGCAAAAGUAUUCAGACCCCUGCCCAGAUUUCUCAUUUUACUGAAUAAUAAAUCUGACAAAAUUUGUCUGUGAUAUCUUUAAAAGCACUGGAACUCAGAAUUAGAUUUUUUUUAAGUAAAAUCUAUUUCAAAAAUUAUCUUCAAAAUAAAAAAAUCAGAUGCUGUUUGCUUAAGUACUUCCUUCACCUUUUGCAAUUUAAGUGUAUUAGGGUAAAUAUGCAUCUGCUUUGAGCACUAUUUGGGAGUUAUGCAGCUAAUUAUUUCAGCCAGAUUUGCUCCAGGUUUUUAAGGGUCAUUAGAUGUCUUUGUGCACUGAAAUUUCCAAUUGGAUUUGACUGAGCUAAUUAGCCAUUCACCUUUUAGUUCAUGAGUCACUCCAAUAUUACUUUGCUUUAUUCUGGCCUUGUAUUUGGGGACAUUGUCCUGCAGAAAUAUUACAUUUUGCUAAACUUUCAGUUGUUUAUCAGACAGAUUUGUGGUAAAAUAACAUCAAAUAUAUAUAAAUAUAUAUAUAUAUAUAUAUAAAUAUACAUAAUUUCUUCUAGAUAGCAUUAUGGACUGAGCACAGAAUUGUAUUUACUCCCAUUAAAAAACGUUACCCAAGGCACCUGAGGCAGUUUUAAAAGGAUUUUAUUUUGGGACAAAAUGGUACAUUAUGGGGCAUAUUUUAUGAUCUGAAUUUGAUACUAUAGACAUUAUUAAUUAAAAACUUUGACACCUUUAAUUUCAAAAAAGCCCUGGAAAUGAUUUUACAUGCAUUGUUUUUACUCUAUUUUGCCUAGUUAAGGACGUUUGCUGUGUCAGGUUUCCUCAAAGAAUAAACAUUGCAUAUCUAUAAAAAUAUGGAUUUAAUUCUGGGAGAAAAUGGUACAUUUAAGGGCAUAUUUUAAGGUCUGAACGUGAUAUUAGGACAUCACUAAUUACUUUUUUUUUAUAACUUGUUUUUAUUAUAUGAUAACAAAGUAUAAUCACAUGAAGUAAUUGCACAUAUUUCUAUGAAGCAGGCAUUAUAGUGAUUAUGAUAUAUAGUUCAAAACAUUUCAAAAAAAACUUUUCAAACAGUCAGCUCAAUUAUGGUGAAUAGCAUGGGGGGUGGGUCCAACGAAGAUUAGUUUAAAUAAGAGGUUAGCAAUCUGUUAGUCUUAUGACUUCUGGGAGGCGCAAUUUCAGGCUGCAAUUGUUCCUGUUGUAGCGUUGCUAGAUAUUGGGAUGAUUCCAUGAUCAAAGGGUGGUCCUUCAAGGCUUCCAUGUCGUACCAUGAGGUGUGCCUAAAGGUGUAGACUGUGAGGCAUUUGAUUCGACUAAUUACUUUUUUUGACACCUUUAAUUUCCAAAAAGCCAUGUAAAUAAUUUUGCAUGUAUUGUUUUUACUCUAUUUUGUCUAGUUAAGGUUGUUUGCUCUGUCAGGUUUCCUCAAAGAAUAAACAUUAUAUAUCUAU